AUGCCUCGGAACAGGCAGAGGAAGACGGCUAAUAGAGCAGUAGCCAAUGCCGUACAUAGUCUGCUGGGGCUCGUCACAACAGAGUCCGACAUAAGCGUUGGGUCCUUGAAACCUGACCUGAUCGAUUUCAUUCCAGUUCGUGAUCAUGCUGGGAAUUACACCAUGACCAGCAUCAUCGGUGUCGUUCUGAACAAGGACAGAAGCAUUCGAGACAGAUCCCCGGAUAUCGACCAGGACAACUUCGACCAGUGGAGCAAGCAAUUCAAGAGAUUUGAGCAGGAGUCUAAGAAAGUCGGGAGACGCCAAGUCGACCUAAGGGAAGAAGGUGAAUGUGCGAGUCGAGAUGCGAGCACAAAAUGGCUAGACGCUUUCGUCAAUGAGGCUGGAUCAUUUGGUGAACGAUUGUUAAAUUCUCUCCAUGAUACGGACUUCAAAGCUGAGACCUUGAUACAUACAUUUCAGAAGCAGGUCAUGGCGCAGUAUGCGAAAAGGCUGUCCGAUUUUCAAGACGAGCUCACUCUGUCCGCGGAACAGUGCGGUAUCAGCUUGGGGAAACCUGACGACGAGUCUCGGAAUGCUGCUUUCGACAGAUGGGGCAAGGCGCCGCCCGGCACUGAUGACUCCGCGCAACUCGAGUUUCUCGAUGUGUGCUCUCGAGAGCUUUUCAGCAUCAGAUACGAGAGCAAGAUCCGAGAGGCAAGAGAUCGUUUGAACGACGUGCGAAUGCGUUGCGCGAUCAGAUCGAUGGACCGGGAUUCCCUGCGCAAUGUGAUCCAGGUUAACAGGAGGUACCUCGACAGCAAAGAGAAGAUGACAACCGCCUUUCACAAAAAGGUCGAUCUACUCGAGAGAGAGCUAGAAUUGCUGUCGAUUCCCUCAUCUUCUUACAAGGAUUUCAACCAAUUGCGCGGACUUGUCAAGUUACUACGACAUGGUGCACACGACUUUUCCGAUGUGGCAAGCGUCGCAGUCGCGAUGGUCCCGGUUUCCGCCACAGCCUUCACGAAACAGGAGUUGGACAGGAUGAGUCGAGAGACAACUCAGAAACAAGACUUCCAAGGCGAAGUCUAUACAAGCUUCCUGAAAGAUCUCUUAGGCGAAGAGAUCUCCAAAAGUACCGUUGCCGCAGAUGAAUCAGAUCCUGAAGGACAGGAAUACCACGCUGUCAAUAACCCAUUCUUCGAAUUGAGCCGGAUGGAAAAGCCCGAUGCCAUCUCAAGCCUAACGCAAAGAUUCUUUGAGGCGAGCGCGAGGGCUAGAAGGAGGAAUCCGCAGGACACUGUGGCUCAGAGAGCAGUUGGAAUCUCUGCGGAGAGGGCUUGGAACAGCGGCCUGGCGGACCAGGGUGAGCAGGUGGCCCGUCGAGCGGGCACGUCCACGGCUGCUGCUUCUCAUCGAGAGUCAGGGGGACCUUCGGGUACUGGCUCUGUUGAGGCUAGCUACAACGGCAAGACGCGUAGUCAACUGGAAGCUCCCUCGACGGAUCGUUCGCUCAUGGGGCUGAUGUCGAUGGAGACGCUGCAUAAGCUGUUUGGAGAGAAAAGACCUCCUCUUCUACCUUCAUGGAAAUGGCGACAGCGUAGACUCUACGGACCAUACUCAAUGUCCAAGGUCGGUAAAGCUUCCGAUGUGGCGCUUGGGGAAGCAGCAAAUUCCAUUGCCACGUCUACUUGGAAUCCCGCUUUGGCACCAGGAGGCGGCAACUUCGACGCUGAAUUCCCCCCGUUGCAAUACGAUGCCUUCGCUGUGGAUCGCACGCAAACCGACGAGGAAGGUAUUAACGAUGACGCCGAAAUCCUCUCCGUGGCAGGCUCAGAACGAUACUGGGCGGAGAGCGUAAUGCCCCAAGGAGAACACGCAAACCAGUCGCCAGGAACUGGCCGAUCUUCCGACUUGCUACUCCCGACAUUAGAGACGGAUGACGAAGGCUUUCUUCUGGAUCGAGGAGGAAAACGAUUCGCCUCGGACGAUAUCGACAUAGUAUACAAUCCUCCUAUUGCCGAUGGAGAUCUUUUGACAAUGGUCGAAAACGCUUUGAUUUCCAUUGUAGAGAGGAGAAGAGAGAAGGAAUCGGAGACCAAUCCUCAAUCAGCACUGGACCAAGUAACCUUUGGUUCCCCGGCAACGUGA